AUGCAGCAGGAGUACCAGCGCAGGUUUGACGAGUGCCGUUUUUUGGAAUCGCAAUGCCGCCGGUUAGAUGUGCAUUGCCGCCUGUUGGAAGACCGGGUCAGUGCCGCAGAGGCCAGCGGCACCAUCCCUCGAAGUCAGCCGCUGUCAAGCAGAUCCAUCCGGCAAACAGACAGUCCCAAGGCGGCCCAGGCUCAGAUCUCCCCUGCACGUGCUGCACUUCACGGUGCCUUGAGCCUUGUUGAUCGAUGGGUGGCGAGCCAAUGA